AUGGCUGCUGCUGCUUUCAUCACAGAGCACUUAAAGUUCAUGCUUGUCUUUUUUAAGAACAAUGAUGUGGCGAUCCUCAAUGGGCUGAUUGUUCUCGGCACAGUGGCUUGCCAUACUGCAUACACACUUUUUGCCUUUCACUGUCCAUGCUCCUCUGGGAGAAAUUACCUCUAUGGUCUGGCUGUGAUUGGUGCUCCGGCUCUGGCACUUUUCCUCAUAGGAAUAAUGAUGAACAGGAACACGUGGAACCUGCUGUUUGAGUGUCGGCUCAGAAAAUGUCAGAAUCUAUCAAGAGUCGCUGCCUUCGCCUUGUUAAGGGCCAUGAUGGAUCAAACUAUAGUGGCUCCGCUGACAUGGCUGAUCAUUUCAUUUCUGCGAGGCCAUGCAUAUGCAUGUGCCCUCAGUGAGUUUAUUGAUCCAAGGACACUGGAAGGUUUCCCCCAAGGUCAGAGGUCAGAGGUCAUGGCUAAACUCCCAUGUGUUGAAAGUGUUCCAACGGUGCUACAGAGUUUCUGCGCAGAAAUUGAUCGACGGCUAAAAUAUGAAUCACAGUUGAUCGGCUGGUUGUUGGUGGCAGGAAUGUCUCUGGCGGUGUUCAUCAUAUUGUGUGUGAAGCGCUGCUCUUCUCCACUCAGCUACCAGCAGGAAGACUACUGGUCCCAAUACUGCUCACAUGAAAAGACCCUGCUGCAACGCACAACAUCUGUGCACGCCCGCCUCCUGGCUGCACAAAAUGUUAAAAGCUUUUUUGGCUUUGUGGCGCUGGAAAAGGAGGACAAGGAGGAGCUGAUGGAGCACCAGAGAGUGAACCCGAUUUGCAACACAGACUGGAACAGAAUCACGGGGGUCUACUUGUACAGAGAGAAGAACGGACUUCCUCUCUACAGCAGGCUGAACAAAUGGGCAACAUACAGUCAAGAAAACAGCACUGAGACCCUGGAAAAAGAAAUGGAUGUGCUCAGCUGA